AUGUGGCGCCGUCAUCAAACAUUGCUGCUGCUCUUCUUGUUGUGUUCACUCAUCGCCGAUUGUUUUUCGCAAUGUGAUGAUAACGGGCAAAUUUAUGCACCGGGCGACAAAUGGAUUCGAAAUAAUCACUUUUUGGUGACAUGCAGAGAGGGUAAAAUCCAGACACUCAAAUGUGUAACCGACAAUGGCCAUUUAUUGGACGUCGGCCACAAAUCAUUUGUUGAGCAUGGUUAUGAAUAUUCAUGUACAAAUGAGACCCCUUCUCAAGAUAUCAAUGUGAACUCUUGUAGCACAUUUGCCGAUUUUUCCGAUGAUAUAUUUAAAGAUCGAUUUGCAAUUUGUUGCAUUUCGAGACGAUUCAAAGGUUGUGUCGAUGUAAAUGGAGAUAUUGUGAAGACGGGGUAUUUCAUAAUCGGAAAUCGAAGCUUAAAAUAUUGUCGAAUACAAGCGGAUCAGUUGAACGCUCGGAUUGAACCAAAAGGAUGUUUCAACGGAACUACAAACGAUGAUAUUCAUGAUGAGACCCUUCACAUCAAAAAAUACACAGUAUGGCGAGAAGGUGAAUUCGAAUAUCGAUGCGGGGAUGAUGGAAUUCACAUUCAAAGAUGUUUUCCAGCGGAUUCAAAAAAACCAGUUUGGGCGGGAAGUGCCUGGAUUCAAAAAGAUGGAGCUGUUAAAACGUGUGGAAAAAUUCAUUAA